UCGACUGUAUAUAUAUAGGAGACACCCAAAGUCUAAAAAUACAAACAUUCUCUUUUCAUUCUUUAAAAUAUUAUUCACAAAUCUCUCAUCUCAUUCUAUUAAGGUAUUACGACGAGCCUGCUUGUGUGCUAAGAAAAAUGUGUUUAGACGCAAAGUCGCAUGUCGCAGGUUGUUGUUCAUUUUGAUGUCGUGCGAUUCCAGUCGCGGUUAUCGUUUUGAUGUCGUAAACGAACAUAGUUUUAGUCGCAGGUCGCAAGUCGCAGGUCGCGCAACAUAUAAACAAACGUAAUCUUUAGUCGCAAGUCGCGCGAAACGUAAACGAACAUGGUCUAUAUCUAUAAGAUCAUGAACAUCAAAAAUAUUCCCACGUGCAUAAAUUGCAUACAAACACACCACACAUGAAUCCAAAUAUGCUGAUAUGCAGUCGGUGUGAAAUAAUCGUGCCUCUUCAAAUUUGGGGGAUGAUGAUAUAUGAUAUAUCACAUAUCAGCCUAUAAUAUAUACACAUAUAAAGAUCCGUAUGUUGGCAAUAAUUAGGAUGUAAGAGAAAGGCGUUUUCAUUACAUGGUUUAGGAAGUCUAUCAUCCAAGUCAACACGAGCACGGCAAUGAAAAGUGACCGGAGCGUAGGGAGCCACCGUAGCCAUUGCGUCUUUCUUCGUUAUCUCCGUUGCCGUACCCAUCUCGCUUUUUUCUUGUUCUCUAGAUUGAAUGCAAUGUGUUCGUGUGUUGUGUUUUAGAGUCAUAAGAACGAAAUGAGCUAAUAAAAAUGAUGAUUCAUGUGCGUGGCUGACAUGCACACAAACGAAUGCACCGGUCGACAUGUCAUUCCUUGUAUUGACAACACUCUUUUCUCUUCUCUCGUUUUCUUUCUUACAUUUGACAUGACUCUUACGACACGUUUGCUUCCAUGCUUGAUCACUUUAUUGUGUAUGCUAAAUCUGUAAAUUUCACACAAAACCCUGAAUCGGGCCUUUAUGGGUUUCUGAUCUAGUCCAGCUUCUAAUACAAUAACCAGUCGCUAGUUGCUUUUUGAACUCGAGUAUUAUAGAGAGAAUAAUCAUGGGUUUGGUAGUAAAUAUAAAAUGUUUAAUCUUGGUUGGCCUAUUUGAAUAUUUGAGCUCCUAUUUUACAAUUUACAUAAAAGAAAAAGGGCCUUAAUUGGAAAAAUUAACGAUGUCAGUUGUUAAUAGCAUUUUUCCCUAAUAAUCUAUCAUUCACAAAUGCUGACUGGCUGUAAGAGAUACAUCGAUGAAGCGUACCAUUUAAAUAUUUUCUCUUUUUAAGUUGAUAGUUUCAACAUAAUGAAAGUACGUAGAUCAUCAUUACAAAUGAAAUCCAACUUUUUAACAUUAAAACAAUCCUUUUCAAAAAAACAAUUGUGCAUUUGCAAUCCAACAAAAAAAGAACACUGAAUUUUUAUGAGAUAUGUAUGAUAAAUAAACACUUCAAUUUUGUUAAUGCAACCUUAUUUGAACAAAAAAUACAGAUGCCGCCAAGGAAAGUACAGACUGAAAAAUAGAGUACAGACUGCAAAGAAAAAGAGUACAGACUGAUAAACCAUAGCAUACAAUGGCAUGAUGCGACGUGUUAUAUCAGGAGUGUAUUGGUUUACUCGGCGAACUGAUUACAUUAUUAGACAUAAAAGCUGACCUGGAAAGUCAACACUCUAAUUAAUAAGUGGAUCGUAUAAAUCUAAAUAAUCAUGUUUCUUCUGAAAAUCGCGUUUAUUACAGAAAUAAACGACUUAUGAUGUAACAGUUCUAUGACGCGUGUCUAAACAUCGAUAAGGUUCAAAUAUAAACACAUAUUUCACUUUCCUAGUAUUCUAUAUAAAGCCCUCUCUCCACUGUUUUUCCAAAUCGUCACAACACUUUAUUGGAUCCUUUUAACCAAAAACAGGAACACUUUGGAUCAUUUUCAGUUCGACUCCACGAAAAUGGAUUAUUCAGAAAUUGAUCCCUCUUACGAUCAAAAACCUCCUUAUUUGACAAGAGAUCAAGAGCAUGUGAUCAUGGUCUCUGCUCUGCGUCAAGUGAUAUCCAACGCAGGAAGUGACACUGCUUCAUUAUCGACCUUCGAAGCUCUUCAACCUUUGGAUGCUGGCCCUUGUUCUCUUUGCGGUAUCACCGGUUGCUACGGUUGCGCAUUCCCACAACACCGAGAGAUAAAUAAGGAGAAGAAGCACAGAGGAGUGAGGAAAAGGCCAUCGGGUAAAUGGUCAGCGGAGAUAUGGGAUCCGAGUGCAAGAGAAAGGAGAUGGCUUGGAACGUUUCCAACAGCCGAAAUGGCGGCUGGGGCUUAUGAUGACGCGGCGGCUGGGUUUGUCAGAAGAAAGGCAUCAAGAGGUGGCACAAGAAAUGGAAAGGAAGCAUACACCAAAACGACGGUGGAAGAUGACUAAUAUUUUUUUUUGAUUAUUGAUUAUUUAGCUUAGAAAAAAAUGAUAAGCUAAAUAUAAUCAUUGAUAAAAAAAACUAUGUUAUACUGUAUUUUAUUAUAUCAAGUUGAAGGUUAUCUUUUAGCAAAAAAAAAAGAAGAAGUUUAAGGUGUUGGAGGAGAAGUGAAAAUGUUUAUUUUAUAUAUCAGAUUUUGAUAUGUAUCAAAUAUUGUGUUUUUUUUUAAGUUUAUGAUUCUUUUCAUAUUAUUUUGUUUCAAGUUAUUUUAAUCAUAAGAAAUGUCUUUCCUUUUAAUAAUAUUUGAUAUUUUCCAUUAUAAUGUUUUGAAUAACAUAAGAAAUUGAUUAUAUUUAUAUUUUCAAGUUUUGAUUAUGUGUAUGCGGAAGCAGAAAGGGGUAUUUAGGCCAUUUUCAUUUUAGAUGAUAACACAAUGAUUAAGAAUCUGGCUGAUUUCUCCGCUAUCACCCGCAAACACAGCUUUUCUGAUUGGUAAUGUUUGUUGGUGUUUUGGAACAAUCAAAAUGCUAUAAAUUGUUUAAGUUGUUCUGAACCUUUUAAAAUCAAAAGUUGGUUUUGAUAGCGUUUGCGGUUGUGCACGGCUGGAGAUAGAUAAAUAAAUAUAAAAAUAUUUUUUAAUUUAAAAUAAAAAAUGGAAAUAUUAUAAAUAUAUAUAUAUAUAUAUAUAUUUUAAUUUAAAUUCACAAACGGUGUCUUAAUUUAUUUUAUAAAAACUUUAAACUAAGAGUAUUCACUAUAAUUUUUAAAAAUUAAUAUAUAUAAACGAGACAGAAUAAUCUUUUAAAAGUUUUUAAUAUAAAUCUUUAAGACAAAUUUUGUUGUAAUUAUAACUUUGAUCUAAGUUAAAAAAUAAACAUAAUCCUAUUAAUUAUAUUAUAUUAAUAAUUACACAUUUUAUCACAAUAGCAUGUUUUUGAUAUUUUUAUAAUGGUAUAAUAUAUGAAUAUUGGCAAUUUAUUAUUAAACCGAUGCAAUAUCUCAUAAUCAACCAGUUACAAAUAUCCCGUGAACGUAACAAUUUCUAACCGAUGUACCAGUCGUUCAGAUUGCAUAAUAACGCUAUAAACUGCAACCACACACAUACGCAAACUUCCGUAACCGCAUCCGCAACCGUCGUGUUUCAACCAGUUAAGACCUAAGUAAAUGUUAUAUUGCAGCAUGUGCGAACAUGAUAAACAGACUUACGGACAGCGAUUCCACGAAGUAACUCUC